AUGUUCCAUCAAUGGGAACAGCACCCACAUCUCGAUCGGCGUCUUCGUCCGCGCACGCGCAAUGGCUGUCUGACUUGUCGGCGACGCAAGGUCCGGUGCGAUGAGAAACGGCCGGAUUGUGGGCAUUGCAGUCGACUGCAGCUGGAUUGCUCGUGGCAGCAGGAGGGAGGCUCGCGGUUUGGUGUCCGGACAAAGAAAAUUCGGCACCGCCAGCAGCGACAACAGCAGCAGCAGCGACAGCAGCUUCAAGUGGACCAGUCUCGACUGGCAGCAGAAGACACGAAGGCGAACCCUACCGAUAUCCCUAUCGCUGCGGUGGAGAGUCAAGAAGCUCUCGCAGUAAAUGACUCUUCCUUCAGCCGCAUCUUCAACUAUGCAAGUUUCAUGUGGGAUGAAUAUCCCCCCAGUCUCUCGCCAAGCUGGGGUACUCUAGAUCUCAGCUCCUCACAAGAUCUAGUUCCUUGGUCGGACACCUCGCUCGCAGUCUCAUCACCACUGGAUCUCUCUUUCCCAACGCCGACGAUGAGUUCUGCAGUCCUCACCGGCCGACAAUCCAAACCCAACUUUCCGUCCCCGAUGGGAUCUGCUCUAGAGUCUAUGGGGUGGAGCGAGUCUCAGCUGGCUGAUUAUUUUGCCCGCUCGGCACCACCGCCAAUCCUUGCGACAAUAGAAACGAGCGCUCGAUGGCUUUGGAUGCGCAAGGAGCUGAUGUCAAUGACCUCGUCUUCUCGCAUGGUUAAAUACGGUGUGAUUGCAUUUGUGGCUCUGGAAUUGGAAUCCUCAGGCACAUUGGAACCGUCGACCUACAUCCAAUACUAUCAAACCGCAAAAGAAAAGUUGCAAGAGUGUCUAAAAGACAUUUGUCUGGAUCAGAAUAUCAUUAUGUCACAGCUACGACAUAUUCUUGCUGUCCUUUUCCUAUUGUCCUACGUCGACCUCCUCACCAAAGACGUAUCGAAUGCACACGCCAAUUUGCGAGAGGGGUUCUAUGCCUUGCAAAUGGUAGAGAUUGACUCUCUCGGUGUUACAGAAAAACGGCUUCUAUCGUGGCUACGGCUUCUGGAUGCGCGAGCCGUCAGUGCAGGGGGCGAAGGUCUCUUUCUCACCGAAGAGGAUAGCGCUAUCAACACUGAUCUCCGAUCCCCCGACAGUUCUAUUACCGAAGUUGAUGCGGGCCUUGACGAUGCAGAGGCGGCAUUAGAAGACUUGAUCAUGCGACCUGCCUUCCUGUUCUUCCAGAAAGUGCAGCUCUUCAUGGGUCGAAUAUCAAAGAUUGAUCCCUGGCACCGACGUCGAGGUACAGUUGAAGAUGAAACCGAGGUCAUGUUGAUAUCGGCUGCCAUCAGCCGCGAUAUCAAGGCACUAUGGCAACAACGACCACCCUUAAUGGGCCAUGCGGUGUCCGGAAACCUUGCGACGCUCUUGUCUCCCAAACUGGCGGAGACCAUCACGCGCACCAUGCGUGUCUAUCAUGCAAAUUAUUACGCCAGCUUCAUUCAUCUUCAUCGUGUAUCUUACAAAAAUCUUCCUCGCACGACGGAUGUGCUCAGUGCGAUGGAUGAAAUCCGACAAGUAACACGGCGUAUCCUAGAGAGCUCUUGGGCGUCAUCACCUGAGGAUGUCGCUGCAAUAGGCUCACCCACAACAUCAUCAGAAGCCAUGACACCACUUCCAGUGAACAUGCUCUGGCCAUUGCUCAUGCUUGGUGUUGAAACCGAAGACGCCGAAGAACGAACUUGGGUGGUCUCUUGUAUUAAGGGAAUGGAAAACGUCGCUUCCAAUGCAGGAAUCACUGCUGAUGUACUGCAGGAAGUCGUCCGGCAACAAGACAAAGCUAAACAGAGAAUGGACAUUCGAACAGUGAUGCACCAGACCUUCGACAGGGCCUUUGCCAUUGUAUGA